CUCGGCUAGACCUGAAUACGAGGAAUAUUGAGAAUGACGGGAUAGAUGACUUCACCAGCAAUGGAGGAUGAGGAGGAGGAGGGCAAGGAGGAGGUGGAGGCAGCGGGGGGGAGGUGGAGGCAGCGGGGGGGAGGAGGAGGACGGAGGAAGUUUCGAAUGUCAAGCCAUGGGGAAGUAGUGGAGGAAGACCACAUAGGAAGAGAGAGAGAAGCCGAGGUGGGAAGGAAGGAGGAGGAGAAGGAGGCGGAGGAGGAGGAGGAACGAGCACCGGAAGCAUGGCUAUGGAUUGAAGACUCGCGGCUCACAGGCGCCGACGGUGUCGUGGGCGCCGCCACCGAUGGUGCCGUAGGAGCCUCCACCGACGGUGCAGUGGGGUUCACCUCAGACGUUGGAAUCAGCGGCGAGGCUGAGGAUGGGGGAACAUUCUCCGAUGCAGAGGACGUUGGAAUCAGCGGCGAGGCUGAGGAUGGGGGGACAUUCUCCGAUGCAGAGGACGUCCCCGAGGAUGGGGUGACAUUCUCCGAAGCAGAGGACGUCGCUGGAGGAGGAGGAGGAGGAGGAGGAGGAGGAGGAGGGGAUGAGUCAGCAUUCCCCGGCGUAGGUAACGAGGAAUCAGGGACCACAACCCGCGGAUUAAACUUGGCGUUGGCCAGUAGAGAUGGAGCCAAGAAGAAGACGAAGAAGAAGUAGAAGAAGAAGAAGGAAGGGCCAUAGCACAUCAACGAGGGAGAACGAAGGCACGAGUCCAUCAUCGACAGAGAACUCUGCCGCCGAGACGCCCGCCUCCUCGCUCUGACGCCGGGGGAAUAAACGACGAGUUAAGCAAUACUGUUGUGUAUAUUCCGUCUUUGUCUCUCGGCUUUACACCGGUGGGAUUUCUUAUGUAGGGCCGAGUACAAAAAAUCGCACGAGACCUCGGUAGCGAAGGCAGAGAACAAUUCAUGCAGCCUGAAGGCCCUGAAGGGGCGAUCAAUCCACGGCGACCCACGGAAACGG